UAAACUGCUGCCUGAAAGCAAGCUCUGGAGAACUUCAGUAGCCUCUAGGAAAGCUCUGAGGUUAGAGAGAUUAGCACAGCCAAAGAAGACAUGAGGAGUCUGCUGGCACUGCUGAUCGUGACUCUGGCCCUGGCAGCUCUCUGCUGCUGUGAGAAAGAUCCCAAAGACCCCUCAGGAUCUCCUGGUGCUGACAGCAUCAAGAUUACAAAGGAAGUCGCCAACGCCUUUGUGAAGAGGCAGAAGAGGUCCACCCUAUAUGAACGGUACUUUGAGUAUUACAAAAGUCCAAUGGAGCAGAUGCACGAGCGUUGUGAAAACUACCCACCCUGUGACUAUCUCUCUGACCAAAUAGGAUUUUCCAUGGCCUACAACCGUUUCUUUGGGAGAUACUAAGGAUGGGAUGGUGCCUUCGCUCAUUUUGCUUGGGACCAUUCUGAACCCCAUAGGAGACAGAAGAUUGUGAGUGGGAAGGUGGGAAGAAAAACCUCUAGACUGGGGCCUUCUUCAGUAGUCUCCCUAACUAUCUAGAACAAUAAUUAUCGCACUUGUUCAGUUUUCAUUAGCUUUCUUCCUUUCAUCAAUAAUGUAUCUCUUCAGUUGUCUUCUGUGGUAUUUUGAGCUUCACCAGAACUGAUUGACAAGACUUCCUCUUAUUUGAAUCUCCAUGGUGCAGUAGGUGAAAAAACUGAGUCCUCUCAAGAAAAUCCAUGUAUGCCUUAGAAACAUAACAAAACCUUUUGUCCUCUUCUACAAAAUGCAGGAUUGUAGGACAAUGUCACAACAUAUGUAAAUGUAAUGGAGUUGAUCCUGAUCUCACUGGGAGGAAGGGGGAACAGCUGCUUCCUGAUACAAUGACUGGGAAAGUUCAGUAUUUUCAUGUGGAAUAAUCACCCUAAACAUGUGCCAACAUAGGAUCAUUUUGUAAGGUUAGAAGUGUGGAAAUACUACCAUUUAGCCAGAAAUCCAGUUCCAGUACACUUUUCUGAUUAUUCUGUCACAAAAUUUGCCUGUAUAUCAAUAACAGAUAAAUCCCUAAGGGUGUGUUUGAGGAGUCCUAUUAGAUGAGCCCUUCUGUUUCUAUGGUGCAUGCAGUCAUUGUCUGUAAAAGGUAACUUUUGUUACGGUUGGUUUCUGGUGAAACUGAAUAUACCCAAGCAGAACAAAAAAAUAAUCUGUUUCUCUGUAAUGCUUUAGCAUUUAUGCUUGAAACUAAAAGUGUCUAAACAGCUUCAAAAAAACUCCAAACAAACAAAAAGAAAGCAAUAAACUUUAUGAAAUAAACAAAAAGAAAAUUGGUUCAAGGGUGGAUUGAA